UUCAUGCUUUCUUAGACUUCCUACCCGCUUCUGUACUCAUUUCCCUUCCUCAUCGCGUCAUUUUCCAUGAUUUACUGAUCUUCCUUCCGCUUAACAUGUCUGCAUUCAAAUGUGACUGAGUCAACUCGAUGUACAUGGUACCAACAGAGCUUGACUCAUUCUUUCAGUUACAGUAGCCCGUAUUUUCGUUGGCAGUCCAUUUUAGUCUUCCAAUGCUAUCGCAGCAUGCCUGUACCAUAAAUACAUUCAUUGCCUUCCAUUCAUUUAUACACAUUUACUGUGUACCACCGUCACCGAACAAUAUCAUCAGCUAUUGGCCAUUCGUCUAAUCCACCGCCACAAGCUGCCGGAAUUAUGCGGAUCAACAGCGGUUCACAAACUCAGCAAAAAAGGGUACAGCUAGCCGUGGUCUCGUCGGUGCCAGCAGCAACGGUUAGGAAUAUCGGCACUUCAACAACACUCUACACCACUAUCCCUGAUGAUGCUGUAUCCCGGGAUGCUCACGGUUCUUCCAGCCCAAGCCUGCAAACCACUCACCACAGCCCAUGCAACACACCCAACUCGCAUCAUCAUCAUCAUCAUGCAACUAGCAUCAAUCUCAAUAAUCUGAAUAACAACAGUAACAAUUCAUGUCGAUCCUCGCUGACUGCAAACCAGCAGCAUCAAGUAUACUACUCUAGUCUGAACAAUAACAGAAAGCUGGACAUUCUAUAUGACAUUCCGGCCGGUAAGUGGGUGAUGAUGAGUAUGCGCUCGUGUUUCAAUGGUAGCAUUUUCAUUGUUUUGACGGCCAUUUUGUGUAAAGGUCCUUCCGCUUCCGGCACUGAUUGCUUUCGUUUUGGUUUGUUUCGGGUUUGCGUUUCUUUUAGUUUCUGUAAGUUUGACCUUCGCCUGCGAUUGUGUUUUGUUACGGCAUCGAGUCCCUUGCGGCCUAUCUAAUCAUGUUACAUUAUCCUUAACAAUCAAUGAAUAGGGAAAAUUUACCGUUCAUCUGUUUUGUCUUCGGUGA